GUGAAGAGCAGGGGCAGGGGGGGACCAUGGACUUCAUCAGUAUUCAGCAACUGGUAAGUGGUGAAAGAGUUGAAAGGAAAGUGUUGGGAUUUGAACAUGGAGUUCCUGAUCCUGGAGGCUGGCCUGGUGACUGGAGGCUGGGACUCCAAGAGGCCAUGGCCCAGGAGAGGCAGAAAUUGGAAGAAGAAAAGAAGAAGAAACUUGAAAGAUUUAACAGUUCCAGAUUCAAUCUGGAGAAUCUGACUGACUUGGAAAAUUUGGUUCAAAGACGAAGAAAACGACUAAAACGCAGAGUCCCCCCCAGGGAACCCGAGCCCUUGGUUAAGCCGCAGCCACAGGCCCAACUGGCACCUGUGGACCUGGAGAUGUUCCUGAAGGCAGCUGCUGAGAACCAGGAGGCCUUGAUUGACAAGUACCUGACAGAUGGAGGAGACCCCAAUGCCCACGACAAGCUUCACCGCACAGCCUUGCACUGGGCCUGUCUGAAGGGUCACAACCAACUUGUGAACAAGCUGUUGGAGGCAGGUGCCAAGGUGGAUGCUCAGGACUUGCUGGACAGGACACCUGUGUUCUGGGCCUGCCGUGGAGGACACCUGGACAUCCUCAAACAUCUGCUUAACCAGGGAGCCCAGGUCAAUGCCCAGGACAAGAUUUGGAGCACCCCUCUACAUGUGGCAGUCCGGACAGGGCACUGUGACUGCCUGGAGCACCUCAUUGCAUGUGGUGCCCACAUUGAUGCACAAGACAAGGAAGGAGACACAGCUCUUCAUGAGGCUGUGAGGCACGGCCACUACAAAGCUAUGAAGCUACUGCUGCUCUAUGGAGCCAAGCUGGGUAUGCAGAACACGGCAUCAAUGACCCCAGUGCAGCUGGCACGAGACUGGCAGCGCAGCAUCCGGGAAGCGCUGCAGGCCCAUGUGGGGCAUCCUCGGACACGGUGCUGAUGAACUCAGCAGACCUGCGGCAUCACCCGCAGCCACCAUUCCAUCC